ACGUAUUUGUAGCGCCCGAAGCCUUCGUGUUAGUGCCUGCCUGUACGUACCAGCGAGUUACUAGCAACCUCUUACCAACACUCGUGUAGAAGCAACAAUCGACCAUGAAGCUGCAUAUUGCUGUCUUGGUGGCGACUGCUGCAGCGUCUGUUGCAAAGCCUCAUGCGCAAGUGCACCAUCAUGCUCACAGGGUUGAUCGACGCAUCGCUCACCCCGAUGUGAUUGUUUACGCCCCUACUUCUGUCGAGACUGUGGUCGUGUACGAGCUCAAUGGUCAUCCCAUCUCAGAGGAAGAGGUGCGUCAAGGUAUCGCUAACGGCACUCUCGUUUGGGGAGGCGAUGGCAUUCUAUCAACUUCGACGAAUGGCCCCGUAACGUUUCCGACGGCUGUACCAGUCCCAGACGAGCCCAAGUCUCAGUCGUCCGUGCAGGAGUUCAAGUCCCAGACGCAGGAACCCGUCUCUUCGGCUGCCCAAUCGUCGCUUCAAGCCGCCCCGAGUGCGACACCCGAGUCUGUUUCUGCACCGCAGCCAGCCUAUUUCCCGAAGACGGCCGCGGAACUGGUUGAUCAUGAUGGAAAUUGCUCCGAGUGUGACGUCAAGUUCCCCAACAACAAGCUUCCCUGCAAUGAAUUUCCCUACGGAUAUGGCGCAAUGCCUCUCUGGCAUGAGGGCUUGGGAGGCUGGUCGGGUAUUCAAGACCCAGUCUACCGUGGUAACGAUGGCUUCGAUGACAUUAGGACCGUCGUGCACGGCUCAUGUAACGACGGCUCUUGCUGCGAACCUGGCACGUUCUGUUCGUAUGGCUGCCCCAAUCCUUACCUCAAGCUCUCCUUCCCCACCAAGCAGGGCAGAACUGGUCAGACUGUCGGCGGAUUAUACUGUAAUGACAACGGUCUUCUGGAGAUGGCAGAUGGUGCACUCGGCAAGACGCUCUGCGGUAAAGGCUCUCAGAACAUGACUGUCAAGGUAGAGAACAAACUCUCUCAGUCGGUAUCAAUCUGCCGCACUGACUAUCCAGGGACCGAGUCUAUGGUCUUCCCGCUCACUGUCGGCCCUGGCGAGACCGGUUUCCUGGCCAACCCCGACCAAGCCAAGUACUUCUUCUGGGAAGGUAAAGCUACAUCAGCCCACUACUAUAUCAACAAGCAGGGUGUUCCCGAGAGCCAGGCUUGUACCUGGGGCGUAGAUGGUAAGAACAAAGGCAACUGGGGGCCUGCUAUCUUCGGAACAUCCUGGGAUGACAUCAACAUGAACAUGGGCUUUUCUAGCUUGAAGCAAAACGAGCUAAACAAGGGAGAGCCUCUCGAUUACUCCAUCACCUUCGCGGGCGACAACGUCGUUAGCCCUUGUAGGUACAUGAAGUCUACCGAUCAGUACUGCCAAGCCGAUGAAUGCUGGUAUGACAGAGGUCGGGGUUGCACGGCUGCCAUCAAAGCUGAAGGCACCCUCACCCUGGUUCUCACCGACGACUAGACACCGCCACGAUCCAGGCCCUCCGAUCUAUUUCCUUUUUCGAUUUUGUGUAGAUUUUGGGUCUCACGACACCUUCAGCUACAUUUUCAAAUCAAGUGUCUCAAGUAGACGCGAUACGGUCAAUACUUUCUCAUAU